AAGAGCUGAGCAGGGCGAUUUCGUUCUGUACCCGUCAGCUCUCCCGCGGUCGCCCCUGCCUGGAGGACAGGGACUGCUGGGGACACCCCGGGCCUGGAUCUGUUGCCAGCCCAGGCAGAGGCCAGCUCAGCCGCGCCCACGGCGGAGCUCGCUUGGCAGGGACAGAAAGCCAUGGCCUGGACGUUGCCAUCGCUUCUGUUGCUUCUGGCCUGGGCAGCCACCACGGGCAGCACUCGGGAUGGGGCAGACCUGCUCAACAUCUGUAUGGAUGCCAAGCACCACAAGGUGAAGCCAGGCCCCGAGGACAAGCUGCACGAGCAGUGCAGUCCCUGGAGGAGGAACGCCUGCUGCUCAGUCAGCACCAGCCAGGAGCUGCACAAGGACUGGUCCCGCCUGUACAACUUCCAGUGGGACCACUGUGGCAAGAUGGAGCCCGCCUGCAAGCGGCACUUCAUCCAGGACACCUGCCUGUACGAGUGCUCCCCCAACCUGGGGCCCUGGAUCCAGCAGGUGGACGAGAGCUGGCGCAAGGAGCGGGUCCUGGAUGUGCCCCUGUGCAAAGAGGACUGUCAGCGCUGGUGGGAGGACUGCCGCACCUCCUAUACCUGCAAGAGCAACUGGCACAAGGGCUGGGACUGGACCUCAGGAGUCAACAGGUGCCCGGCUGGGGCCACCUGCCGCACAUUUGAGUCUUAUUUUCCCACGCCCGCCGCCCUCUGCGAGGGCCUCUGGAGUCACUCCUACAAGGUCAGCAACUACAGCCGAGGGAGCGGCCGCUGCAUCCAGAUGUGGUUCGACCCCGACCAAGGCAACCCCAACGAGGAGGUGGCGAGGUUCUAUGCUGAGGCCAGGGCUGCCGGGGCUGUGGCCUGUGGGGUCGGGGCUCUCCCACUCGGCCUGGCCCUGGUGCUGCCACUCUGGUUCCUGGGCUGA